AUGUUUCUACAUUGUUUGAAGAUGAAACACACACUGGCUUUGCUGUUAAUUCUCGGAACAAACGUUAUGACCCAGAAUCCUUGUCCAUAUAAUGUUAAGACUUGUACAUGCGAAAAUGUAUGGAUAACUUGUGACCAUUUGGACACCAUUCCCCCACUGGUGUACGACAACCCGGAUGGUUCCAUUAUAGGUUUGACAUUUCUGGAAAGCAACUUGAGAAAUGUUCCAGAAAACAGCCUGCCCACAAACCUAUCGACCAUUCUGUUCAUCUCCCUUCCCCUAACCUACAUCUCCCCUGAUGCCUUCAACAGUUCAGCCAACACUCUGACAAGUCUGCACAUGUAUAACGCAACCAACGGCCAAGUCCCAACAGCUCUGCUUCAAGUCAAAAAUCUAACAGACCUGAUCAUUUCAGACACUCUAAUUACAGAAUGGAACUCUACUGUACUGAAACAUUUGGCCAAAACUGUACGCUCAUUAACGUUAAGUAAUGUGGGUUUCACAGAUUGGCCUGCAUUCUUUGAAAACUUCCGUCUAGUUAGUUCUGUUGAUUUUUCUCACAACAAUAUUAGUAGUAUCCCCAGCGAUGCUUUUACUAACACAUCUAAUUUAACUAGUCUUAAGUUGAGACAAAACAAACUCAUUGACGUUAACAGCCUGGACGUUGCCUUGCAGCCAUUGGCUAACAGACUGGAAACUCUGGAACUUGAACAGAAUAUACUGCUCUCCAUACCACCCAGCGUUGCCAGCAUGCCUCGCCUGUCUGAGCUAAACGUCAAUGAUAACUUUAUUAGAGACCUGACCAACACAAUCCCCCCACAAUUAAAACAUCUAUACGUUAGCGGCAAUGUCAUCAAACAGCUCACAGAUACAACAUUUCCGAAUACAACUUCAUUAGAGACGCUAUUUUUGAGUAGCAAUCCCUUAUCUGAUAUUUCUAAACUGGCUUUUCAUCCGCUCCGAAAUCUUCGACAAUUAGAAAUGAAAUCUAUCAGUUUGGAAACAAUUCCGGUUGCUCUAACUUCCCUGAAGAAUCUGCAGAUCCUUGACUUAGGUUUUGGUUUCCACUGCCCGUGCUCACGCAAUGAAGAACUAGUUCAGUGGUAUUACUCGCUAAAGAAUAUCAGUAUAACCGGAUACUGUUAUUGGAACAUAAAGAAGAUCGAAUAUUAUUUUCGCACUGACACAUAUAAACAGGUAUGCAUGGGCAGUAAGCUCAACUACAGUAUUCACUUGUAUUUGGCAAUGAUUGUUCUUGUCAGCUUUUCUAUUCUGUAA